AUGGAUGUUGUAGAGGGGGCGAAGGUGGGGGAUGAACGUGUGGUUAUGUCGAAGGGGGUGGCGGAGACGUCAACUGGUGCUAUUCAGGGUCGGGAGAUUCAAAAGGGGGUCUCCUCAUCGGUUCAGCCUGCAAAAGAUGGGAAACGCUCCUUCCUGCAGGUCGUUCAGAAACGUUUGUUCACUCAGCAAAAGUUUGCAGUGUCGGAGGUAGAUGGUAAGGAGAAGGUUGUGGUGCCGAAGGAGGUUUUGUUGGUGCGAAGCCUUUGUGGGAGGAUUUCGUUGUUGUGGACUCCAUUCUCGGAGGAAGCUCAACCAGGUAUGAAGUCUGUGCGCUUAUGGGUCACCCUUAAUAACGUUCCUCCUACCAUGUUUACGGACAAGGGGUUGGAAUUCCUCUCUAGUGCGGUGGGGAAGCCUAUAAGUUUGCACUCUAAAACUGAGGCUUGUAUCAGUUUCGAUGAAGCUCAAGUUCUUAUUGAAGCAGACCUGACAAAGGAGUUACCACGGGAAUAUGUGUUUAUGGGUGAGGAAGAGGGGGAGCUCGACUACGUAAUUCAGUACAGCUACCCUUGGCUGCCGCCGCGGUGUACUUGUUGUCAGAAGUGGGGACAUCUUGCUGCAACUUGUUUAACCACAGAUGCCUCUACGGGGUCUGGUAAGCAAGCUCAACAGGAUUCUCCACCUACAGUCGUUAGUGAGGAGAUUAGUAUAGUCCAAGAUCAAGCUCAUCCAACCUUGGCAGUUGCUGUGAUCCCUUGCACGGAAACUUCAGAAACUUCAGACAUCUUACCAGGCUCAGCGGUGGACAAAGGAGCAGAUGAUUGGAUUACGCCAAAGUCUGCUCGAAGUAGUCCGGGAAAAAGGCAGGAGGCGCCAAAGUCUGAUGCUGAUGUUUCCCUUUUAAAAAACUCUUACUCUAUUUUGGGUGAAGGAACAGAGCUGGUUGAUGAAGUUGAGAAAGAUCAGGGUGAGGUUGCAGGUUUCUGCUGGAAUGUGUGCGGUUUAAAUCGAUCUUCAAAGCAUUCCGUUAUAAAGCAGUGGGUUGAGGGUAAUAAGUUUCAGUUUGGCUGUCUACUGGAAACUCGGGUUCGGGAAAAGAAGGCUUCGUGGUUGGGAAGUCAUUUAUUUCCUGGUUGGUCGGUUUUAACAAAUUAUGAGUAUAGUCCUCGGGGACGCAUUUGGGUUCUCUGGAAGGGUAGUGUGAGGAUGGACCCUUUCUACAAAAGUGAGCAGUUGAUCACAUGCUCGGUGAAGCUUGAUGAUCAAUCUGAAGAGUUUUUUUGUUCUUUCGUUUAUGGUCUCAAAACUGUUGAGGCUCGGAGAGUUCUCUGGCAAGAGAUUAAAGACCACCAUGAUUCACCUAUUCUCCGGAAUAAGCCUUGGAUACUGUUUGGUGAUUUCAAUGAAACUUUGGAUAUGCAGGAGCACUCUAGGUUUGACGCCAAUCCGAUGCUCACAGGAGGAAUGAGAGAUUUUCAAGCCGUAAUCAAUCAUUGCUCUCUCUCUGAUAUGACUUUUCAUGGGCCGCUUUUUACAUGGUGUAAUAAGCGAGAUGAUGACCUAAUUCUAAAGAAACUCGAUCGGGUGUUGGUGAAUACAGAUUGGGAGCGGGUGUAUCCGCAUGCUUAUAAUGUCUUUGCAGCUGGGGGUUGCUCUGAUCACUUACAUUGUCGCAUCGUGAUAAAGGGGGAUGGGACUCCUCUUGGUCCAAGGCGUAAACCGUUUAAAUUUGUGGAUCUGAUGACGGAUAUGGAUGAGUUUAAACGCUAG